CCCAUCGGUCGUAUGUAAGAGAUAUUUGAUGGAAGGUGGGACGAAGCAGAGGUUGUCAGACUGUGGAGUCGGGACAUCAGCUGAGCUGGAGAGAAGAGGGAAACGCUAGCAAGCUAGCUUUCGUGACCAACAGUUAUAACGGCACAGUGACUUUUAUCACCACAUAUCCAGCUGGUUCGCUCACCAUGGCCACGAAUGGUAACAAUUUAACGACAGGGAUGGGAGAAAUCAUCCAGCUAAACGUCGGUGGGACAAGGUAAGCUUCGUUAACGGACAGCUCGAUGGAUGAUGGUCAUCAUUUGGGAAAUUUGAGCCGUGGCUACGUACGUGUAAGAUGAUAUCUGCAUGGCAAAGCAGCCAUGGAUGUUGUUGGAAUAGAUACACUACUCAAGGUUCAGCACCUCCAGACAGACUCUGAUGUGGAUCCCAGACUCUUUCUUCUCAAGUUUGCUGAGUGGAAGAAUAUCCACUCUUCGGGAUGAAACUGGAGCUAUAUUUAUUGACAGAGACCCUACAGCUUUUGCACCAAUUUUGAAUUUCCUCCGAACCAAAGAAUUGGACCUGCGGGGCGUCAACAUCAGCAUUCUGCGACAUGAAGCUGAGUUUUACGGGAUCACCCCUUUAGUACGGCGCUUGCUGCUGUGUGAGGAACUGGACCGCUCAUCAUGUGGCAGCGUUCUCUUCCAUGGUUACCUGCCGCCCCCAGCCAUCCCUGCCCGGAAGUCGAGCCCCGCCUCAGUAGCGUCUGGCAUCUCCUCCUCCGACGAGCAGCCGGGUCCAAGUGGAGCAGAAGGUUUCACCCGUGUUGGUCCCCCUCCUCACCCCUCCCUCAAUGGCUCACCUGGAACAGAUGAUAAUCAUAAACUGGGUCCUAUGGUUGACCCUAGGAAAGUGCUGAUAAUAGCAGGACAUCACAACUGGAUAGUAGCAGCUUACGCACACUUUGUCAUCUGCUACAGGAUAAAGGAAUCUUCUGGAUGGCAGCAGGUGUUCUCCUCUCCCUACCUUGACUGGACCAUUGAACGCAUUGCACUUAACGCCAAGGUGGUGGGUGGACCGCACGGAGACAAAGACAAGAUGGUGGCAGCCGCCUCAGAAAACAACAUCAUCCUCUGGAGCAUCCAAGAUGGAGGCAGUGGCAAUGAGAUUGGUGUCUUCAGCCUUGGCGUACCUGUGGAUGAUCUCUUCUUCAUCGGAAACCAGCUGGUGGCUACGAGCCACACGGGGAAGGUUGGGGUGUGGAAUGCUGUUACACAGCACUGGCAGGUUCAAGAUGUUGUUCCCAUUACCAGCUGUGACACAGCAGGAUCCUUCCUAUUACUGGGUUGCAACAAUGGCUCUAUCUACUACAUAGACAUGCAAAAGUUUCCACUGAGGAUGAAGGACAAUGAUCUUCUGGUGACGGAGCUUUAUCAUGACCCUUCAAAUGAUGCCAUCACUGCGCUAUCUGUCUACCUCACACCUAAAACCAGUGUGAGUGGAAACUGGAUAGAGAUAGCCUAUGGGACCAGUAGUGGUGCAGUGAGGGUGAUUGUGCAACACCCAGAGACUGUAGGGUCAGGUCCACAGCUCUUCCAGACGUUUACUGUGCACAGGAGCCCUGUGACGAAGAUAAUGUUGUCUGAGAAACAUCUGGUAUCAGUGUGUGCGGAUAACAACCACGUUCGGACGUGGACGGUGACCAGGUUCAGAGGGAUGAUCUCCACCCAGCCAGGCUCCACUCCUCUGGCCUCCUUCAAAAUACUGUCACUGGAGGAAACAGAGAGCCACGGGAGCUAUUGUUCAGGGAAUGAUAUAGGUCCGUUUGGAGAUAGAGACGACCAGCAGGUUUUCAUUCAGAAGGUCAUCCCCAUCACCAACAAACUGUUUGUGAGGCUCUCAUCUACUGGUAAAAGAAUCUGUGAGGUGCAGUCAGUGGAUGGGACCACCAUUUCUUGCUUCAUGGUACGGGAGUGUGAGGGUUCCAGCCGGAUGGGGUCCCGACCUCGGCGCUACCUGUUCACUGGCCACGGCAACGGCAGUAUCCAAAUGUGGGACCUGACGACUGCGAUGGACACUGCUAACAAAGGAGAGGAAAGGAAGAAAGAUGACGUUGGUGGACCUACAGAGGAGGAAUUGUUGCAGCUGUUGGACCAGUGUGACCUGAGCACCUCCCGCUGUGCCACACCAAACAUUAGCCCCGCCCCCUCAGUGCUUCAGCACACACGCCUCCGAGAAUCCUGCUCCAGUCUCCAGUUACAGCCUCAGGAAACCAUCCCUGAGAGCCAGGCCACUUAUGGAGCUGUUCGACCCUACAGAGAGAGUCCCCUGCUGGCCCGUGCCCGACGAACUGAGUCCUUCCACAGCUACCGAGACUUCCAGAACUUCAGCCUUAGUCGAGGAGUCUUGGACAGCACAGGUCAGACAGCUGCCCAAAGUGCCAGCCAGACCCUGGACGCCCGCCGUUCACUCUGUGACUUUGGGCCCGAGGAGACUGAGAGGAGGGCCUCAGCCAUGGAGCUUUGGGCUUGUCGAAGCAUUGGUGCAAGCUCGAACAACAAUGUCGGAGGUUUGACUACUGCUGGUGUUUACGGACCGAAGGCAGAAAGCAGCCAAGAGCCCCCACGGCAACCCCCAGACAGCCCGAUCCCUGGAGGUGACGUCAGGCGAAAGGUGCAUCCACAGCCAGAGGAGGGAGAAGGUGUGGGACCCGGCGGAGACGCAGCGAAGGCAGAGGGAAGUGUGAGGAAGAGGGGAGUACUAGAAGGAGGCUUUCUGGGUAGGAAGAGGGCUCCCCCAGUCCCUCACCUCUCCUCUGUCCCCUCUGGAUCGGAGGGGGGUGGCAGCGACUCCUCUGCCACUGCCUCUCCCUCCCCAACCAAACUGGGUUCCUCCACCUCACCACGACACAGGAAGCUCCCCUCUGAGUCAUCCAAUCAGGACAGCAGCCUGUGACUUUUACAA